UGAUACCUACUUGGGCUUGAAACUGGAACUUGCUCGACGGGACAAGUGCCUUGCCUUUUUUUGCUCCGCCCUGCCCCCCAUGUUCCAUGCUCAGGCUCCAUGCUGCUUCGGGUCUUUCUUGCUUUUGAUGAUACAAAACCGACACGAUCCCCAACAGCCUGUUCCGCCCGUUCCCUUUCUUCUCCCUUUUUGCUCUCUUCCCGACACCUGCCUUCCCUCAACACACAGCCGAACCCGUAUCCUCACCACCAUCCCGUGGAGGUCUUUGCUCUCUUGUUCAGCUUUUGUGUCCUUGUCGGAGCACAUCUCCAACCAGGCGCUUUUAUCUUCUGCCUCUCGGCUUAUCGGCGGUUUUCCUUCUGGUCUUAUCAGUCCUCUGGCCCGGUGUGGAGUCUGGAGCUCGGUCUAUCUAGCUGUCACCUCAUACGUGGGAUUUAUGAAUGAAUAAUUGCAGAGUAGAAAACUUCCACGAACAUUGCCUCUGAUUUGCGACUGCCUGACCUCAGCGAGUGUAUCUGGUGAUAACACGACGGCGAAAGUGAGCAUCAAUCACCGACGAACUCUAACCCUGUCCACGACCCCGAAACGAGCCCGUUUUUGCAGUUGGGAAGACUCGGACACGCGGGACAUUUACUUAUGCAUGGUGGAGGAUCAAAGUUUCAGCUUUGCCAGUCGUAAAUCUGGGCCAUCGAGGUUCUCAGCCACUAGAUUGAGCCAAUAUUCAACCUAGCCAUCACGGAGUCCCACCACCGGCUGGAAGCAAGAGAGGAUUACGAGCCAGAGCAUUUUUAGGGAACGGCAGAGCGGUGAGGGCCACAAGCUCAGGAGCUUCGCUUUCUUUGUCAAAAACACCUGGGACAGUUGCCAUCUCCGCUGAAAGGAGCCCAACCACGGAUCAGGAAGUUCACGGCGGAAACUGCAGCAGCCUCACACCCCCAUAGGCUAUCUACUGCAGCUACCCGUUGUGAAUCGCAAUCAGAACCACGGUCCGGGUGACUGAGCAGAACAGGAUGGAUCAAAUGGACUAUGAGAUGCACCAGGCCGAGGUGCCAACCUCUCAGGCGCCCGCACAUCCAGCAACGCAUUCCGGAUUCCAAGGUGGGCCACCACAGGGUCAGGGCGGCUGCCCCUUUUUCCGGAAUGAACAACAGCAUCGCCAGCCAUCAGGCUUGCCUCAUCUUCACCCCUCAUACCCGCACUACCACCAUGGCGUUAACUCUCUGUACCACCUGUCCAGACAAAACCAAGGGCCCCACGCUCCUCGGCCAUCCCACAGCCGCAACCUCUCCCUUCAGCCACACCAUCACCCUCAACAGCCCAGCCACGGACAACUGCAACAGCAACAACAACAACAACAACAACAACAACAACAACCGCAGCAGCAGCAGCAGCAGCAGCAACAACACCAACAACACCAACAACACCAACAACACCAACAACAACAACAACAACAACAGACUCAACCCCCCGCAUUGUCUCUGCCACUGCCUCAUUCCCAGUCCCACUCGCACUCGCACUCACACUCCCUCUCUCAUCCCCAUCCGCACUCGCACUACGAUCCGAUCUACCCCGGAUGGUCCUCUUCGGCACAGAGCGCCAGUCCCGCAUAUCAGUGGGUGGCCCCCGCUUCUGCCCCCGGCCCUCCCCCGCCACAUGCCAUCCCGCUCCUUUCGGUUCCGUUGCAGCUGCAGUCAAUCUUGAGGCCGUCAGGCUCCGAUCAAUUCUUUCCCAACGGCGGAGCAGGGAGCACAAACCCUAGCGGGUCCAACUCUGUGCUACCCAGCUUUCACUCGAACCAAAAUCUUCCACAUCUCGAUUCCACCGUGCCACCACCCUUCUCCUUCCCCUACCGCCAUCCUUCUGCCCUCCACCGGUUUUCGGUGGCGCCAGCUAUUCAGAACCACCAGAGCCACUCGGGCUUGCCACAAGCCCCGUCUUUUCCUCAAGCGCCAACCCAAAACCAAACCCACCAACUUUACCAGAGUCAGCCUGGCCGGGAGGCGCUGUCUGCCGUAGCCAUGAAUACCGACCGCCCUUCUCCCGGCGAUGCCCCCGCCGCUCAGCCCUCCCAGGCAGCUUCGGGUACCAACAUGUCUUCCAACCCAAGUUCCGGAGCCGGCCCGGCGUCCUCUGGCUUGCCCCAGCCGGUCAAUGGCUCAGGGGAGCCGUCGAGACGAUCGGAUCGUGGCCCCGGGAGCAACAUGGCGUCCGGUCAGUUACCGCUUCCCGAACCUCGCCCAAUGACCGCCGGUGACUCGACCCUGGCCAUGUAUCGGGGGUUCAGUGGUGAACAACGCCGAAGCGUGAUUCGUCGAGCUCGUGCUGAGCUGGCCCAACCAACCGGCGACGACUACGAUGAAAGCGAAGAUGACUACAGCCCGAUCGACGACGACGAUGAAGCGUACCGCUUUGCCACCCAGUUCGGCCACGGAUACAUGCCGGACGAGAGUCGUCUCCGCCAACAGCAGCUUCUUCGUGGCCAGAUGUCGAGCAACAAGCGUGUGGCCUCCAAGAAAGCAUUGGCCUCGUUGCAGAGCGUCGAUAUGGAGAGCCUGACGGCAUCCGAGAGAACCUGUGUCAUUUGCUACAAUGACUUUGGAGUGACGAGCCCCGAGGGGAUCAGCGAGGCUCCGCUUCGACUUCCAAAGUGCAAGCACAUUUUCGGUGACCACUGCAUCAAGAAGUGGUUUGAAGAGUCUGACAGCUGCCCUUACUGCCGAGACAAGGUGCCUUCUGACCCUGUCAUGCCCCCCAGUGUUCAGGGAUAUAUUCGAGCGACGGGAGAGUUUGUAGGAAUGCCAUAUCGGCAUGGCCCAGAACCAGGCAGCCGAUUGCCUACCCACCCGCCGUCGAGAAGUGUCCAGGGCGGGGAGCGCCGGGCCUCUCCCUCCGACCCCUCGACCGAAAGCAUGCGGAGGACUCGGGCCCGUUUCGGUGCCGCCCGUGGCUACGGCCCUCCAGCUUCGAACUUUGCCACUCCUUCGGGCUCUCGCCCGGGGCCUCCCCAUGGUGCUUUCCCGAGCAUGGCCAGUUUUCCUGGCUCAGUUGGUGCUGCCCCCCCGGGGCCAUUCCAACCAAGUGGCCCGCCAGGAGCAAGCGCUCCAACUGGGUAUGGGCAGCAACAGCAACAUGGGCAGGGGCACCCUCCUCCCCGAUACUAUGCGCCAUAACCUGUUGCAGUUUUCGGCGCCGCCUGCACCGGCCGACUUUCUGAGGAGCCCUUCGAUCCUCCGUCCUAACCCGUCUGCUUUUCCGUCUUUGUUACCCGAUCUGAACGCACCAUGUACGCACCCAUUUUCGGCAGCUGUGCGUCAGGGAAUGUCCGCCCGCGGCGCGAACCCUACUACUCAGCCGGCCCCAGCCCCCCGGAACUUGUCAAGAGCCAGACCGGGAUACAACUCGACAUACUCGACCACGAGGGACGGCCGGUCAAAUGCCGACUUGAUUGCGGAGGUAGAGGCUCAGUUGAGAGCAGAGACGCUUGGACCGGCUUCCAGCAGAACGUUGGGUGGCCCACAGGUCGUUCGCGAGCGGCUGCACCAGCAACGGGCGUCAUCAACAAGCUCGCUCGCUCCCCAGCGAGGCUAUGGCCAUCCGCAGCCUCAGUUGCCCCAGAACGCCCGCGGGGAAGCGGGUGAGCCACCACAAAAACGACGUCGGAGCGGUAGCUUCAGCGAGGGGAAGCAGUGAGCGAAAGGCGGCCACUGACAACGAACCAGCUUUUGUGAUUUCUUUUUCUCUUUUUCCCUUCAUCCUUAAUACCCAAACUCGUCUCUUUUUUUUUCUUUUUUUUUCCCCCAUCAACUCUGCGACAUUUUCGUUCUCCCCUGAUGCCUUUCCGGAGUCGAUCUAUACCAUGCCUCCCACUCUUUGUUUUCUCCUUUUCUUUUUUCUUUCCCACUCGCACCGCACAGACAAUAUGGGCAUAGACUUUUGAUUUUUUUCGGGAGCAACACAAAACGGCACAGCAGUUGAAGUUCUGAGGCUUCUUUCUUCAAUCGCCACUAUUUUCUUUUCGGCGCUUUUUAACCUCGUGUGGCUUUGAUCAUUGCGAGCCACGGGUUACCAACAAGAACGGCGUUUUCUUUUUCGCCAGUGGGAGGAAAACGAAACGCGAUUUGGGAUGGCUUACGCGGGAGCUCGGUUUUUCGGUUCAGUUCACCAAGAGUGGCUUUUCGUUUUCUUUGACUGGAGGGGUGGGAAGGAAAGGGAAUGGUUUUGGUUUUGGUUUUGGCUUGGUGCUGUUUUUUCUCAUUUGGCCUCAUUGCGAAAACGAAUCGGCUAUGAGAGGACAUUGUUCGGAAGGCGGGGAUUCAUGAUGGAGUUUUGUCACUUUUUUCUUUCUUUUUUUUUUACGUUGACAAUCAGUCUGCGAUUUGCGAUUCGGUGGGGAUUGCGUCCGGGAAGAAUGAGACCAGGCAGCGAAGAACGGACUGCAAGUGAAUCUACGAGAGCGGAGAAGGAAGAGAGAUUUGCAGCGGAGUGAGCAAAGGGCAUGGAAUAAGUGGACUGGACUGGAAGUGAUGAUGGGACGGGUAGUGCGAAUGGUAAUCUCGCCACUUUGAGGGGGGCGGUGGCUGGACGAGAUGAGAUGGGAUGGAUGGGGUCCGAUUUCGUGCCUUGGGCUAUUGUCUCUUUUAUACUUGUUACCCUGAAUUCGUCGUCACUUAGGUCCAGCUUCUUUCGUUGAUGCUUCCUAGCCUUGCGGUAAACAGGAGCAAAGGCUGGCGAAACAGAAUAGGGAGACAACAUCACUCUUCUCACUAAGCGCUUGGUGUUCUGUGGGAUAGUUGUGAUUCGUGAAGAGGAAUAGCAGCAGAAUAAGCGAUGGUUUAAUAUGUUUUGCGGUGCAUGAAACCAAGCAGAGUGGAUAU